AUGAUCUCUACUUUCCCAUCGAUCAAGUUUGGCUUGAUGGUCGGUAUUGGUGGAGGCAUUGCCCCCAAGGUUCGACUUGGCGAUGUAGUUGUUAGUACUCCGACUGGCCGGUAUCCCGGAGUGAUUCAAUGGGACUACGGCAAAACAGAGAAAGGGGGUAGAUUUAAGCAGAUUAGGUUACUAAAUAACCCACCGGCUCUCCUCCGCACGGCCUUAACGAAACUGACGACAGAGAAUGAGUUGAACGGGUCUAAGAUACCCGAGUAUCUAGAUGAAAUAAGACAGAGAUGGCCGAGACUCGUGUCAAAGUAUACUUGGUCAGAAUCAAUUCAAGAUCCGUUGCAUGCUCCUGCGGCCGAGGGAGAUGAGGGAAAGCCGAGAGAGACACGCGUGUAUUAUGAUUUAAUCGCCUCCGGUAACCAAGUGAUCAAAGACGCCAAUUUUCGUAAUAGCCUUAACCAGCGCUAUAACGGGCAUAUGUUAUACGUCGAAAUAAAGGCCGCAAGGUUCCUCCUCGCACAGCUUUAUUUCGAAACUAUUAAAACUAAGAAAACGUUGAAGAAACUUGAAAAUAUCCUAGCACACUUCCCUACCGGGCAGAAGGCAUAUGAUUUUGCUUACGAAGAGGCUGUACGAAGAAUCCAGGGUCUCGAUUCAGAUUCCAAGGAGUUAGCAUGGCUGGUCCUAUCAUGGAUUACUUGCGCAAACCGACCACUAACUACAGAGGAGCUCCAGCAUGCCCUUGCUGUAAAAAUAGGCAGGACUGAAUUAGAUGAAGAAAACCUUAUAGAGAUCGAAGAUAUGGUCUUAGAAUACUUUAAGCGGACGCAGAAUUGUUGGUUCCCAGCUGCACAGACCGAAAUUACCAUAAUUUGCGUCACCUACCUCUCGUUCAGCGCUUUUGAUACUGGGCUGUGUGAAAGAAAUUGGGAAUUUAAGAAGCGAUUACAGUUGUUUCCGUUUUAUAGUUAUACCGCACGCAACUGGGGGGACCACGCUCCUAAGGAUAAAGCAAGCCAAGAAGUCAUCGAGUUUCUCAAGAGUCCAGCCAAGGUUGAGGCAUCGAGCCAAGCGCUAACAACCAAUGAGGAGAAUUAUCGUCAAUCACUGCCAAAGAAAACCACCGGACUACACUUGGCAGGGUUCUUUGGCUUGCACAAGGCCACAGAUACACUCCUUGAACUUGGAUAUAGCCCAAACGAGCGAGAUGCUUGCAACCGAGAGCCUCUGUGGUAUGCAGCCCAGAACGGACACGAGGCCCUCGUCAAGUUACUGUUGGCACGCGGAGCUAUUGUGAAUAUUACUGAUGGCUACGGAGAGAGUCCUCUCUUUACAGCAGUUGAACACGACCGUCAAGGAGUCGUUGAGCAGCUACUGGCAGCAGGUGCUGAUGUUAAUUUACAUAGCCCUGGAGGACGCGGUCCCCUCUUGGCGGCAGCGAAAGGAGGCCAUCAAAAGUCUUUCGAGAUGCUAUCAUCCGCAGGUGCCGGUGUGAAUUCUCCAGGCGCUGGGAGUGCGCUUUUAGCAGCAGCUGAAAUCGACCAUCAAAAGAUUGUCGAGAAGCUAUUAGCAGCAGGAGCCAAUGUCAAUGCUUCUAAUAAAUUCCUUGAUAUAGGACCUGCACUGGCGGUAGCAGUCAGUAGAGGUGACCAAGAGAUUGUUGAUAAGCUAUUGGCAGCAGGAGCUAAAUUUAAGUUCAAUGGCCGUAACGGGGGGAUUGUAGUUGAGAGCGAAGAGAAAAAACGAUUAAGAGAGACGGUUGAGAAGAUGCGGGAGAUGGCUAGAGCGACCUGUCGGUAA